AAACUGGACUGAGAAAAGAAAAGAGAAUAGAGGGAGGAGGAGGAGGAGCAAGGGUCUCUUCUUCAAUCUCGAUCUCAUCGAGAUGAUUACAAGAGGGCGAGCUAUCCUUGGCCUCAGAAAUAGACUCCUUAAUGGCGACGGGUCUCCAAUAUCUCGCGCGAUCGCGCUCGCAAACGUCAAGAGGAAAGCUUCGAACUCGUGGUCUGCAGUCCAAGAUACCUAUUUCUCCACCAAGGAAAUCUUUGAGAACCAUCGAGUGGUAUUUACGGUCGGAACAUCGAUUGCGUCCAUUCUAACUGCAUGGGCAGGUUACUCCCUACGUCAAAUGCAUCAAGCCAAUAUUGACAAAAGGCUCGGGUCAAUUGAAGAAGCAAUGAAGAAGAAUUACAGUGUGGAACACGAAGAAAUAAGAAAGAUUGUUAGUUCUGGAAAUGUCAGUACUGCAGCCUGCAUUGCUACUGCCGGGACUUCUUUGGUUCUAGGGUAUGGUCUAGGUUGGCGAGGGGGAGCGUGGUUUACCAAGAGAAAAUUUCAUAGGGAGCAGCUCAAAUUGUUGGGUCAAAUAAAACCUAAUAAUAGAUGGCAAAUAUUGAGGAGGCCUUUCGUCCGUCUCAGAAAGCUUCAAACUUCCAAGAAAACUGCUGAACAACAGUCUACCCGUUCUCAUGAAUCCAGUACAAGCUCCGCUAAGCUUUGCUCAAAACCAUCAAGCAACUUGUCACAAGGCAUUCUCAAGAAUACACUAGAAAGUCCAGUAUAGAUCCCUCCCUCCCUCCCUCCCUCUUAACUAUUAUACAAAUUUCACCCACGGAGCUUACCGUCAAGCAUAUUGGGUUAUUAAAACAUAUUAACCAAGCAGUACUGCCAACUAAUUAUUGCUAACUGGUAACAAGUUCUUGAUGGCCUUGCUCAUUCCUUUCCCCUUAUUUUGUUAUAAGUCCCUGGUUUGCUGCUGAAAUUUUGUGCUGCCAACAUUUACUACAUAAGCUUGAUGAGGAGAUAUUGUCUAUACUGGAACACAAGAUGUUAGACCUUAUGUGAUGAUUAAAUUUGAGAGAAUGAACUACGCACUUGGAGGCGUGCAUGUACAGUUUUUCCCCUGAUAAAAUAACUUGCAGUUGCUGUAUGGGGAAUUGGCGAGAGAAUUGAGAGGCUUGAUGAAAACAAACAUCAUUUGGUGCUUAAUUUGGUUUUUUUUGGA